CUAAAUUUAUUUCAGCAAGCGAACGAUUAGUUUGGAUUUUGGUUGGAUUAGUUCAAGUUUGGUCGCGACCGGUAUGACCUCGUAAGACUUUAUUUUUGUUUCCAGUGUUUUUGUAGUGUGUGAUUUGUGCAGAGUGCAAUGUACUCGAAGUUCAAAUAGGAUAUGGCUGAGCAGCACCGUGAACCUCCACCUGAGCUCGAGUUGGAACAGCAAAUUCAACUCAUCAAGAAACAGCAGCAAAUACAACACCAGAUCCUCCUGCAACAGUUCCAACGUGAGCAACAACACUUGGCUGAGCAGCAUGAGCAACAACUGCGCCAGCAUUUGGAGCAGUAUUGGGAGAGACAGAACCAGCUGAAGGAGCUGAGGCAACGUGAGCAGCUGGAGAUUCUGCGAAAGAAGGAAAAACAUGAAGAAAGUGCGGUGGCCAGUACGGAAGUUAAACAGAAGCUGCAAUCGUUUCUGCGACAGAGGGCUUCGGGGAUCAAGGGGUCCAGACCUGAGAACUCUUGUUGGUCGGAGGGUAUGGAUACUGGCUCCGAAACCUCAACAACAAACAACGAUUUUCCACUACGGAAAACAGCCUCCGAACCCAACCUGCUGAAGGUACGCUUAAAACAGCGUGUGAUGAAACGGAUGCCGCCCUCGCUCAAAAAAAGACUGCUCAGUUCGCGCUUGCCGCCUAGCGAGUCGCCGCCUCAGGAACCGCCCAAGGAGCUCAGCCCGCCUUGCGAGUCCGAAGAGUACCAAAGGCAUGCGCUGUUCAGCAGCCCGUCGAUGCCGAACAUUUCCCUGGCCGCCCACCACGUGCUCUCACCUGAUCUCUCCGAGGCCGCCGUAAGGGCAGCUUGUACCGCAAGGCUAGGUAUGCCUUUGACUGGUCAAAUGCUCCCCGGCACCUUACCUUUCUACCCUUCGCUGCCCGCUAUCGAAAGCGAGCACGAAGACCAACCCUUGGACACGAUUAGUGAGCUCCAGGAACCUCAAGUCAGGGGCGUCAUCAGACCGUUGGGUAGGACGCAAUCGUCCCCGUUGCCGCUGGGCCACCCGCUACUGGGAGGCCCGCCGCCUCCCGAUCUUCCCCCACCCCUACCGCCCCUACCACCCGCCGAAGAACAGGAGCAGAGAGAUAUGGAACUGAGAGCAAAUGAGUCUAGAAGUAUACGGCCGCUGUCCAGAGCGUUAAGUUCACCUGUAGUACACCUAGGACCCCCGGGAGAAGGCCCCACGUUGUCAAGGCGGAGAGCUUCAUCGGCGCCCACAACAGGUCUUGCUUACGACAACCAGAUGCUCAGGCACGCAUGCGUGUGCGGCAACAACGCCAUUCACCCCGAACACGCCGGAAGGUUACAAAGUAUUUGGUCCAGAUUACUCGAAACUGGAUUGGUCUCCAGAUGUGAUAAGUUAAGACCUCGAAAAGCGACGCCUCAAGAGCUGCAAACUUGUCAUUCAGAAUCUCACGUUCUAUUAUAUGGAACCAGUUCGUUAAAUAGACAUAAAACAGAUAUGAGUAAAUUGAGCUCCUUGCCGGUUACCGCAUUCGUCAGGCUUUCUUGUGGUGGAAUUGGGGUGGACUCGGAUACCACUUGGAAUGAUAUACAUACACCUCCCGCUGCAAGAAUGGCUGUAGGCUGCACCGUUGACUUGGCUGUUCGUACGUGGACGGGAGAUAUUAGGAACGGUUUUGCUAUUGUGAGACCGCCGGGCCAUCAUGCUGAGCCACAGCAAGCCAUGGGAUUUUGUUAUUUUAAUUCUAUAGCGAUAGCUGCAAGAAUUCUUCAACGGGAGCACCGUGUUCACAAGAUACUCAUAUUCGACUGGGACGUACACCACGGUAAUGGUACCCAAGAAAUAUUCUACGAUGAUCCCAGAGUCCUAGUCAUAUCCAUGCACCGACACGACGAUGGUAACUUUUUUCCCGGCACUGGUGGUGUAACGGAGUGCGGGACGGGAGCAGGGGUGGGAUUCAAUGUUAACAUCGCCUGGUCCGGUGGAUUGAACCCACCUCUUGGAGACGCUGAAUAUUUAGCUGCAUUUAGAAGUAUUGUCAUGCCAUUAGCAAGGGCGUUCGACCCGGACAUUGUCCUUGUUUCGUCAGGGUUUGACCUCACCGAAGGCCACCCCGAUCCCUUGGGAGGAUACAAAGUAUCGCCGGCAUGUUUUGGUUACAUGACACGCCAACUGAUGUCACUGGCUCGUGGACGAAUUAUUUUAGCCCUAGAAGGAGGUUACGAUCUGCCCUCGAUAUGUGACUCUGCCGAAGAAUGUGUCAGAGUUCUUCUUGGCGAUCAGCCUUCUCCCAUCAGUGCUAUGGAACUAUCUCGCAUUCCUUGCCACAACGCUAUACUGACAAUGCAAAAGGUCAUAGCAGUCCAUAGUCCCCGUUGGCCUUGUCUUCAAGAAGCCGCCAAGAGCGCCAUGUGUUCUUUCAACGACGCGAUUCGUAACGAGAAAGAAGACAAAGAUACCAUCAACGCCAUGGCAAGUCUAUCGAUGCAACACCCCGUAACGAGCAUGGUCGUAUCGCCCAUCGGCUACCUUCCCACCAGCAGUCCUCAAAACGUUAUUCGACCCAGCGCUUGAAACAGAACUUGCUAACGCUGUGUCGGAGGAGUUUUUCUUGAUUUGAACGAAAAUUUAGAGGCCGCUAUGUACUAUGCAGUUGUCCUACGGGGUUUUGGGACAGAAAAAGCGACGAAACGUCGCAGGACAUCGCGUAUAUUAAGGCAUUUGAUGUUUACUAAAUGUGAGAAGUUGGUGCAAUGAAUUUAUGUAAUUUCGAAAAUUCCUAGGAAAUUUGUUAAAAGUGGGGGAUGUUGAUGUUACACGUGCAAAAAUUGGUGUUUUAAGAUUAUAAAUGUCGAACUGUUUGGAAUUUUGACGCCACUGGGCAAAGCUUGGAAGUUUCGUACGGCCUAAGGCAAUACACAAGUUGUUGAAUAUUAUACAGGGCGUCCAUAAACUCUCCUAACAAACGAAGACCGGAGAUGUCUCAGAUAAUUUUAAGACAAUUUAAUCCAAUUCACCUAGUCCGAAAAUGCUUCCUUAAAAGACCUAGGUGUUUUUGAAGAUGGCGUCUUGUAAUUAGUUUUUUUAAAUACCUCCAGAACGCUUCUAUUUAGAAAAACGAAAACUGGUACACCUAUUUCUAUUCCAGAGAUAAAUCGAUUUUAUCAAUUGCGAAUUUCUAUUACCGAUCAUAGGCGUCCGUUUUGGGUAGGGCAACGUUUAUCGCAUAACUUUUUUGUAUUUAAUUUUUAAGCAUUUUUGACACUAGUUUAUUAAAUUAUGAAGUAUUCUAGGACUAAAAUUAACUUUUGUUUUAAGUCGGUAAAAUACACCGUUUUUUUGAAAAAAAUUUUCAAAUUAAAAAAACGAAAAAUUUUCAAAUAAAUUUUUCUAGAAAACGGUGUAUCCUACCGACUUAAAGCAAGAGUGCCUUUUAGUACUAGAAUAGCUCACAAUUUAAUAAUCCAGUGUCAAAAAUGCUUAACCUUCCGAUGACCAACCUUUUUUUGUUACAGGGAUGACCAACGGGGGUAAAAAAUGACAACAGGUCAAAAAUGACCUAGAAUGAAUGUUUUCAGCAUUUAAAUCUUCAUCUUACAAUACAUCCUCGUUUUCUGAUACUAUUUCAUCUUCUAUAUCAUCAUAAAAAUCGCUAGCAGUAACAAUUUCCUGUAACUCAGCAUCAGUAAGAUAUUUGCGGGCCAUAUCUUAUAUGUACACAAAAUACUAACAAACUAUAAUAACAUACGCCAGUAAAUAAUAAUAAUGACUAACUGUAGCACACAGGAAUGUCAUGAUUCGUACAUAACAGGUACCACAGUCUAAAAAUAGAUUUUUGCCAGAUUGCGGGCCAUAUCUUAUAUUUACACAAAAUACUAAGAAACUAUAAUAAUAUACGCCAGGAAAUAAUAAUAAUGACUAACUGUAGCAGACAGGAAUGUCAUGAUUCGUACAUAACAGGCACCACAGUCUAAAAAUAGAUUUUGAUAACGCGCAGUGUAAAACUACUUGGAAUUCCACAUAAUAGACGGUAUUUUAUUAAACAUAACUUCAGAAUAUAUUUUUUAUUCGUAAAAUAUAGGGUUUUUUAUUUCAAAAUAUGAGGAUAUCUAGAAUGAUAUUAAAGUCAAAUAAAAAAAUAAUGAGUUAAAAAUUGAAAAUACUUUUGAAUUUAUUAAAGAAAACUUACGCUGGGGUCCAAAUUUACCCCCCUUGGUCAUCCGAAGGUUAAAAGUUAAAAACAAAUAAGUUAUGCGAUAAAAUAACCGUUGUCCUACCCAAAACGGACGCCUAUGAUCGGUACUAGAAAUUCGCAAUUGAUGCAAUAGAUUUAUCUCUGGAAGAUAAAUAGGCGUACCAGUUUUCGUUUUUCUGAAUAAAAGCGUUCUGGAGGUAUUAAAAAGAACUAAUUACAAGACGCCAUCUUCAAAGAGGUAGCUGCCUUAGGAAGCAUUUUCGGACUAGGUGAAUUGGGUUAAUUGUCUUAAAAAAUUAUCUGAGGAAGCUCCUCUCUUUGUUUGUCAGGAGAGUUUCUAGACACCAUGUAUAUAAAUAUAAACAGAAUGAAAAUAAUAUAUGCAAAUUAAAUACUAGUCGGAAUUUGUAUUAUAUUCUCUUUGUAUACAGUCGCUCAAUAUUAUGAAAAUGUGUACUAUAGAGAUGUAAUGCAUUUUUAGGUCUGUAGUCAUAGGAAUCUAUGAUUGUUUUUUUUUAUAAUUAUUACCUUUAUAACUAUUUUGAUCCAUAUGAUAUCGAUCCAGCUGGAUUUUAAAACUAUAACGCUCUGAUGUAUUUGUUUGCGUCCAAUUUUAUGCCCAAAUUGCUCCUCUGCAUAAAUUUGUGUUAUUUACCAUUAAGCUUACACAAAUAUAGGGAUCACCCCCUCUGUGGCUCAGUGGUAAGAGCGCCCACCUUUAGACCUAAAGGUCGUGAGUUCGAAUCUCACCUGGGUGGAGAAUUUUUCAUUUAUUAAAAAUUAGUAUGUGAAAGCAGUUUCUAUUCUUAGAUAGCAGACGUUCGGAUACAAUUAGCGUCUUUUUGCAAAGACAAUGACCUCGACUUUGCUAAGUAACAAGACAUACACUACACUAGGUACCCGAUUGCAUAAAUACACUGUACCAUGCCAAUAGCCAUAAGUUGUCGAGGCAUUAAACAAAAUAAAAAAAAUAUAGGGAUCUACAGUUUAAUGCCUCAUGCCGAACGCCUCCACGUCAUAUUUUACGAAAAGCGGAAAACCUGGGAGAAACAUUUCAUGAUGCAUUAUGGGAUCAAACAAAUUUAGAAUAACUUUAAGGAAAUAUCAGCGACAAGAAGCUAAAUAUGUCGCUUCGUCUACAGAACUAAUACAAUCUAAGAAAUAGGCAACAAAUUAAGUCAGCAGAAAAUGCAUUACUUAAGUCAUACAGUAACGCUUAGAUUAUAUAAAAGGAAUAUGAACCGAUAAUAGUAAAAUCGUUUAUAAAAGGUAUAUAUUAAAAAUCCUUAAAAAGGGCUACAUCACAAUCACAUAACUAGUUUUCGAUUGGUUUACCAAUCAUCAUCAGUGCUUACUUAAAAUGAAUAAAACCUGGUAAAAUAAUGCAAAGAUUUUGAAAUUUUGACUACGGUUAAGAAAAGUUGUAGGUUAUACUUACGUGAAAUUUACAUGCUAACCACCAAAAUAUAAUUUUACAAAUAAUGGUUGAAAUUGCUAACUUAAGCAUGGAUGUUUAAAGUAUUUUACUAAUAUGCCCCAGGUAACAUCUGAGCUGUGGUUUGACUUGUUCACAUGGUGAAAGUAUGGCAGCAAGUGACAAUGAAAUGGAUAGAGAGUUCCGAACGAUGACAUGACAAAAAUGACAGUUCCACAGGGAGUUGAAAAAUUAACCUCUCAUAUUUAAAGACUAUGGUAUACAGCUAGUUAAAAUUAGAAAUGAUGUAACAACACACUCCAUUGUGAAAAAUAAUCAUUUAAAAUUCAGUAAACUAGAUGUUGUAGUUAAAAAUGCAUUCACGUAUAUUGUCAGUGGAGGUGGUUAGGCAAACCACAUUACACAAAUGUUUGUAUUCGAGAACUAAAGUCAGUAAUCAAAUCUUGUUGUCAAGAGACUUAAUAUUUAAAAAAAGCAAUUUUGUGUUGAUUUAAAGUUAUCGGCUGAGGUGUAAAAAUGUCUUAAAUAAUCUAGGGGAAAGUAUCAUUAAGAAAGCACAAGCUCAAACUUGGGCGACUAAUUCCUAAAGACCUCGCAGGCUGCCCGGAUCCCUAAGGGUCCAAAAACCAAAACCGUCAUAAGAUGAUGACAGUAGGGGCUGGUGGGUAUGAAAUGUCUGCGAUAAUAGUGUCUAAAAAGCUGAAGAACAGAAAAGCUGCAGGUAAAGACAGAACAAUUAACAACAUUAUAAAACACAAUAAAAUACCCAAAGAUUGGAGAACUAGCGAACUAAUUCUACUAUUCAAAAAAGGAGAUAACGCAAACAGAAAACUACAGAGGUAUAAACGUGUUAAAUACUACUCUAAAACUUACAACUAAAAUUUUACAAGAACUAAUGAAUUGGAGGAUAAGUUUAGCAGAUGAACAACAGAGUUUUCAUAGUGGAAGAACGUGUACUGAUGUAAUAUUCAUCAUAAAGCAAAUUACUGAGAAGUCGCUAAAGUAUAAUGUAUUCCUGUAAUGAAGCAUUUUUGUGCCUGAUUCACUUGAAGAAAGCAUUUGACAGAGCAAGACUAAAAGAUGUAACCCAUCUUCUGUAUAAUAGAGAAGUUCCCCUAGAUAUCAUAAAAACUAAUGAAAACAUCUAUCAAAACAACAUAGAACAGAUGGACAGCUUACAGAACCUACAGAUAUAAGCAUUGGAAUAAGACAAGGUGACUCAUUGAGCUUUAUGCCCUUCAGUGUAAUUAUGGAUGAAAUUAUCAAAAAGUGUCAACAAAGGCAUAGGAUAGAAUGGGGGGAAACAAAAAAUUAAAAAUACUCUGUUCGCGGACUACGCAAUAUUAAUAGCCCUUAAGAUGGUCUGCAAAGAUUAGACCACAGAUUUAACAUAAGAGCAAAAUAAUUUAAUAUGACAAUCUCAACUCGGAAAACUGAAACAGUACUAAUCAGCAAAGAACCUGUUACAAUAUACAACGUUAAAAGUAGAUAUUGCUCUAUAGUUAUACAUACUCUAUUUAAUGACAGUUUAGAAGUAGUAAUGAUAUGUUAAGAAAAUAAGAAAAUAUAAUGGCAGUCAUAUUCAAGUAAAAUGUUUUCCUAUUGUCCUGUAAUUGAGUGAAUUAUAAUCGUUGUUGGUCAUUUAGUCAGUUCACCUAACUCAAUUUAUAACAGGUUAUGGGCCCAGCUCACGUGGGAACUGUGAACAGGUGAAAAAAUAUGGCGACCAGCAAUAACGAUUAUAAAAUUCAAGUCGACAAACUUGAGGGUCCUGAAGACUGGGCAAAAUGGAAAUUGCACGUUUCGAUGUUAUUACGAGCGUAUGCACUUAAGACAUUGUGAACGGUAUGCGUAAGUAUCCCGAGGUUACUGAAAAUUCAACUUCAUUGGAAGUAGACAAGGAUCAACAAUGGUUAAAAGACGAUGCAAAAGCGGCAAGUUUGUUAGCAGGUACGCUAGGUAUGAUCAAAUGUAAAUUAGAAAUUUAUGUCAUCUAUAUUGAACAACUAAUGGAAUUAAAAUACCUUGGAAUUGCACUGUCCAACUAUGGAGACCUUCACAAAGAAGUGAGAGAUUAAGUAUAAAAAGCAAAUAGACUGGCAGGAUCCCUUAAUAACAGUAUAUGGCGAAACCGACAUAUUAACACUGAGAUGAAGUCAAGAAUUUAUAAAACCAGUGUAAGACCAAUAGUGACAUAUGCAUCAGAAACAAGACCCGAUACAGCCACAACACAAAGACUACUGGAGACGGCAGAGAUGAUAAUAACGAAAAGAAUUACAAGAAAUAAAACUAGAGAUCAAAAGAAGAGUGAGAACAGAAGAAAAUGUGACAAACAGUGUCUAAACAAAUGGACACUAAAUAAAAAAACAAUAACCACAUAAGCAGACGGAUGACCGCGCAAAAGAUGGAAUGUGAACUUUCCAUAGAGGUAUCAAUCCACCAAUGAACAAGCAGAGUUGCUUAUAACGAGCAAGAAGAAGAAGAAUAUAAUACUGUAUACCCAGAUAAUAGUAAGUUUAAAAAGAUAAUUUUGUGUAAUAUUGACAAGUUUUCCGAAAGGAAGAUAGCUCAUUUUAUAUUAUAUUGAAUUACAUAAAAACAUACUUUAUCGAUUUUUUGACUUCAACCAGUAACUCUAAUGGUAAAUAAUUGAAAUAUAUUUAUAAACUUGAUAUUUAUAAAUCAGAUUGACUAUUUUGGUCGAUCAAUUUGAAAGUAUUGCCAUACAGUAUAAAGAAACGCGUUUGCCCAGUGGCUCAGUUCGACGGUUGUUCAAUUACAAAGAUGAAGAUACUUUUUUAAAAUUUGUUGGAAUAUAUUGUUGUAAAAUUAUCAUUGAAACCACACAAACUAAAAACUCAACUAGUUUUAAACAAAUGCAGGAUGCUCUGAACUUCAACGCUUAAGCAGACGAUCUGUUAUAUCUGUCAAGAAUUCUUUUGCAAUUUCCAGCAAUAUUUUUUCCGUAAAUAUUCCAUAUAAAAAAAUACUAUCACAAAUAAACGUCUUGGGAAAAUACUGACUUAGGGGGGGGGGGGAGUAUGGUGUGAAAAUUUUGAAAUACAUAACUUCGAGAAUACUUUUUGAAAAUUUCAAAUUUAUCGGUGCAAAAUUACCGGAAAUACAGCGUGUUGAAUAUCCUUACCUUCGACUCACUUUUCAGCAGCUUCGCGCAAUCGAGCUUGAGCUUAGUGAGAAACGUUCAAUAGCUGUUCCCUUUUUCUUUUGUAAAUUACUCCGCGAUUCAAAAAUAUACGCCGGUUGCAUCACUUUCUGAUUUGACAGACAAAAUAGAAAUUAGAAAUAAAAGUUUUCAAAACUUUAAACGCGUUUUUCACAAAACUGCUUUUGUCAAAGGGGACAUUGUAACUCAAAAACUGCAUGACCGGUCCACCUGAAAUUUGCUAGAUUUACUUUGGACAUUUCCUGAGGUAACGCUGUCGAUCGUUAUUUUGAAUUUUGAAUGAUACCAAAAACUCAAAAACCAAAAAAACAGCGUUACCCCGAGAGACUCAUAAACUAAUAAAAUAUCUUUGAAUUUUUUGUUUCACGUGAUCCAAUGACGAGUUCUGAGGUCCACCGAAAAAACAGUUUUUUUUUGUGGUGUCUGUAAAAAUUUGCCACCGUUGGCUUAUUUUUCAAUAUAUUUUCUUGAAUUUUUUUGUUGAUUCUUGGAAUUGUACUGAAUAAGUUUAUUUAAUUUAAAAGUAAAAUAAUUGUACCAUAAUUUAAAAAAAAAUCACAAAAAUAUGCUUGAAAUAUUAAUUUCAAACCAUACCCCCCCCCCUAAAAUUUAAAAGCAGUAAGUUUUCUUAUUAUUUAUUAAAUCUAUUUAUAACAAAGACACGAGAUUACGGUCAUAUUAAAAAAAUCAAUCACUUUUAUAUAUUAUAUGCCCCUGAAGACGCCAAGGGAAUAAUCAAUCAAAAUUGUGAUAUAAAACAUAAAUAUUCCCUCAUAACUUAAAUAUGUGACACACAACGAAUAAAAUCAGUCAAUAUAAUAAAAACUUAGGCUUUAAAAAAAUAAUAUUUAUAAAAAUAUUUUUUUAAAUACAGUCGACUUCUAUUUUUGGAACUUUAUAGUAGCAUAUCGAAAUAUUAUUACAAGAUACACAAAUACGUAAUGUAACAAACAAUUUAUCACAAACCAUUAAAAAGUACCAGAUCUUUGCUAUUUCGUUGUAAUGUAUUUUUCUUUUUAGAGUUUUCUACUGACUUUAGAUUUUUUUAGAUUUACUGAGUAAUGUUCAUUAUUGACUCAGGUGUUGAUAACGUCUUGCUCGUCUUUCUUGUGCCGUCGGCUUAGAAUUUUUUUAUAUUUUCUAGCUAUGAGUGGCGAUCAAAAAUGCUCAACUUAACGUUAUCCUCUUGAUAGUGGAUACCCGUUUUUUUACUUGAGAGCUCUUCUUGUAUAAUGUUGUUGAGCCCAUACAUCUAUUUUUCUCAAAUUUUUCAAUCUAUUCAAACCUGUGCAGUUUCAAAAAUAUUUCCAGUUUAAAAAACAAAAAGUCCACAGGGUCUAGGUCUGGUCAAGAAGCAGGCUGGGAGAUGAAAGUCGUGUCAUUUUUGGUGCAGAAAUCGCAACGCAGAAGAAGCUGGUGUGUUCAAGCACCUCACUACAGUUCCCUUUUCACAUUCUCAUGCAAAUGUCUCAGCGUUUGACGAUAACUGUUUCACCUCUUGGAACGGAUUCGAAGGGCAAUACACCUUUCCAGUAAAUAAAUACAGUAAUCAAGGGUUUUGACCUUGUAUUUUACCUACUGUGUUUCUUUUGUGAUCUAAGAUCCUUAACUUCAAUUUAGACGAUUAGACCUGUGUUUCCAUAUCGUUUCAUGUUUGAUUUGGGACACAUUUUUUUGGCAUGAAUCAAAUGAAAUUUUGCAUUCAUUGAUUUUACCGCACGAUCUGUCAACAUGAUUUUUAUCUGUCGAAUCCGAAAGUAUUUAGCGUGGAUUGUCUACAGAACACUGCAAACACUCUUUACAACGUGACUCGCUUAAAUAUUUAUUUCCAAGCGCCUUCUGCAAUAUUCAAAAAGAUAUGUACACAUUUUAUCAUAUUUAAUGUGCUCUUCGUCUAAAUUCAUCUUGAAAAAUCGACACAAACACACCAACUUGUUCUACAAAAAAUAACGCUGCAAAAACAAAUCUACUAAACAGUGUUGCCAAUCGCACUGCAAUUCUUUACGGCGUUGCCAAGCAAUACAAAAAGUCCUGCAAUUUGAAAUAUUCCUCGUAUUAAAACCUAACACUAAACUUUUUUAUCUUGAAUAAUAUUUAAUUAUUAAUCUAAUACUUAAAUAUAGGUGUACUAGUAAUUGGAAAUUUAUGUAAAAUUCUUGACAGAAAUAACAAAUUUUUUUAUACAUAACCUUACAAACCUUCAAAAAGAUGAAAAUCUUUGUGUUCAAAUCAGCAAUUUCUUCAAGUAUUUAUUGUGUGUUUUUUAAAUUCCUAUAUCAGUUUAGAAACUAUCUAUCUAGCAGCUACACUUGCUUUCAACAGAAAGAAAAAAUCUAAAUAAUUAGAUUUGAAUCCAAUGAUAUAUUUAUCUUUUUGAAGAGUCUGAUUUCUCUUAUGUAGACUUAUGGGGUAUUACUUAUUAUUUGUUAUAUAUUACAAGCAGGUUCUAUGGAUUUAACAAUUUUAGAAGUUUAAAUGCAGAUGUUGAGGUCAACUUUAUUAUUAGGUACCAAUCCAGGAAAUGUAAAAUUGGAGAGAUGAUUUAGAUAAUUUUCAGGUUAAAGGUUUCUGGCAAAUGUUUUUUAAUUUUAUUGUUAACUGCACAACAAAUUUUGUCGACCAUUAUUAGAAGUAUCCUUUGAAAUUGAGAAUUACUUAAAUUACAAUCUUUUACUGAAAUAAUAUCUUAAUUAGGGAAAAUAAAAACUGUAUUGAACUUUCAAGGUUCAGAUGAAUAGAGAAAACAGAGCCGCAAGCUGCCUGAAUGAAACAAUAUAGAGAAAUAAAAAUAUCGAGAAAGAAAUUAAAGACAGAAUUUACAAAACAGUCAUCAGACCAAUAAAAAUAUACGCGACAGAGAAGCACAACCUGUUACAACGGCGACAAAAAAAUGUUAGAAACAGCAGAGAUGAAAACUCUUAGAAAAAUCGAUGGUAAGACACCCUGGAACAAAGGUAGAAGUACAUACAGGGUGAGUCAUGAGGAACUGUACAUAUUCCUACCUGGUAUGGAGGCCCCUAUGGGGAAUAACAAAUGGCCAUUAAAAAGUGUCUGCUCCCAUUGUUUAAUAAUAUACAGGGCGAGUUGUUAAUUUUUACAGAAAUUUGUAUUCGUCAUAAUUUUUGAACGGUAAGAUUGAUGUGUCUCUUAUUUUGGUCAAUUGUUACACUAUUACCACCCAAUCAACUGAUUUAUUCAAACUAGAAAAAAAAUCAGGUCCGGCUUUAAAAAAUUAGUUCGUUUUAGUCUUAGAAAAACUUUCACCCUGUAUAUGGUUUUUGAACACUCUAAUAAUAAUUUUGCAAAUUAGACAAAUAGGCAAUUAAAAGGUAAAGUGAACCAUAGAUUUAAAAAAAUUAACUUUUAUUACAAAAAUUAUUUUUUGAACAAAUAUUUAACUGAUUUUUUCAAACUAGAAAAAAAUCAGGUACGAAUUUAAAAAAUUAGUUCGUUUUGGUCUUAGAAAAAAUUUCACCCUGUAUAUGGUUUUUGAAAACUCUAAUAAGAAUUUUACAAAUUACACAAAUAGGCAAUUAAAAAGGCAUAUUUAUUUUCUCCACACGAUUACUUAUUUUUUUAUAACAAAAUUAAAUUUGACUAUGAAUUAAAAGUUUGGUGAAGUGAACCAUAGAUUAAAAAAAAUAUUUUUUUUUGCAAAAUCUAUUUUUUUAACAAAUAUUUAAUUUAUACAUAUUUAUUAAUACUUCCACAGCUUGUGCUAUACGUUGUAAAUAAUAAAACCCUUUUAGCUAAUUUCCAGAAUUUCAAAAGGAAGAGGUUGUCUUGAAUCAUACUAAAACAUCGCCCUGUAUAGUAUUUGUUUAGUGAUUCAUAGGUAGUGUCGUUUUUUUGAAUUCAUAGAGUUUUAUUUCAAAAGGCAAAAUACAGUAAAUUUAUUUUUUUAAAUUAACGAAAAGAAAAUACAUAUUAUGUAGAACAUUGAACAUAAACGGAUUUAUUUCCAUGUUUAAGUAAAUUUAACAAUAUGUAUGUGUGUACAACAAUUGUAUACAUAGAUACAUAAAAGAACUUAAGAAACAAAUAAAACAAUAAAACCAUUUUUUUGAGAUUUAUAGCAGAUUUUCGAAAUUAAAUCCAUCUUUGUCGGACCAUCAACUGUCUAACAGACCUCCUGCGAGUUAAGGGAUAAUUUCUAAUAAUGUUACAAGAAUCAAUAAUUUUAUCAAUUACUUAGUUCUUAGAAUAAUUGAAAUAAAAAUAAACAAUAUUUUAAAUGCAAGACUUUUCAAGCCAAAGUGUUCUUUUUCCUUUCUUCUAUAUUCGUCGUCUCUUGUGCUUAUAUAUUGUAAAAGCCGGAGAUACAGGAUGCAGCCAGAAAACAGUUUGUAUCAAAGUAGUAAACUUUGUAUCUAGGGCUUUUCGUCUUCCUCGCCUUACGAGAGAUGUCGCUGUUUUGCGUCUUAAAAGGUGGAAACAUUGCAUCGCGAUGUUUUCCCUUAAAUAGGCAGGAUUGUUGAUAUUUGUUUCAGAGUUGUGACUGAAUAGCUUCACCGAGGAUGCAUAGAUGCUGAAAUAGCUAUAUGGAGAUGGUGGUCCAACUCUGAAUCAAAUAAAAACAAAAACUGCCUUUAUCAUCUACUUAACUCUUGUCGCGUAUUGAUAUUUUCACGAUAAACCAUUUCUUUUAAUCGACCCCAUAGGGAGUAGUCGACAGGGUUAAAAUCAGGUGAUCUAGUUGGCCAUGCAUGAGGUCCUCCGCGUCCUAUCCAUCUGUUUCCAUAAGUUACAUGUAGAUGUUGACGAACAGCAACUGAGAAAUGUGGUGAUGCCCCAUCGUGCAUAAAGUACAUACCUAAAGUAGAUUCGGCAAACUAUUUUGUAAAAUAUGAUACCUAAUGCAAAAAAGUACAAACAGUGUAAGAAACACAAAUAAAUAAUAACGAAAAUGUCAAAUUAUCAUUUUUAUACACAUACAUAGUAUUAAUACAUGGUGAGAAGGUAGUGAUGCAAAAAACGACGGGAAAAAUAUCUCUUUUUGUUUUUGUUUAAUUUAGGUUUAUUUAUUUAGCUCCUUUUUGAAAAACAAAUAUUAUACAGGAUGAUGUUUUAGUAUUAUUCAGAACAACCUGUUCCUUUUAAAAUUCUGGAAAUUGGCUAAAAUGAUUGUAUUAUUUAAAACGUGUAGCACGAGCAGUGGAAGUAUUAUAAAUACAACUUAUAAAUUAAAUAUUUGUUCAAAAAAAAUUAAUUUUUGUAAUAAAAGUUAAUUUUUUUAAAUCUAUGGUCCACUUCACCAAACUUUUAAUUCAUAGUCAAAUUUGAUUUUUUUAUAAAAAAUUAAGUAAUCGUGUGGGGAAAAAAUAAAUAUGCCAUUUUAAUUACCUAUUUGUCUAAUUUGUAAAAUUCUUAUUAAAGUUUUCAAAAACCAUAUACAGGAUGAAAUUUUUUUCUAGUUUGAAUAAAUCAGUUGAUGGGCGGUAAUAAAAAUUAAUUUUUGUAAAAAGUUAAUUUUUUUAAAUCUAUGGUUCUUUUCACCAAACUUUUAAUUCAUAGUAAAAUUUGAUUUUUUUAUAAAAAAUUAAGUAAUUGUGUGGGGAACAAUAAAUAUGCCAUUUUAAUUGCCUAUUUGUCUAAUUUGCAAAACAAUCGUAUACAGGGUGAAAUAUUUUUUUCUAAGACCAAAACGAACUAAUUUUUUAAAGCCGGACCUGAUUUUUGAAGUUAUUCUUCUUUUGGCGCGGUUGAGAGUAAAAUUUCAUAAAUCUGCGCGCAUGCGCACACAGACAGUAUGGCGUUUAGUUGCUAAUCUUUCAAGAUAGGUAUGUAUGUAUAUUAUGUAUCAGCGCAAAUAAGUCAUUAAAAGAAUAUAAUUAAUGUUUUUAGUAAACUUAUUAUUUAUUAUAAUUUUUGGCUUUGUCUUUCUCUUUAGUAAGAUGAUAAAAUAUUAUGUAGGUAUAACAUUUUUAUAUGUCUAUUUGUCACCGUGUUGUGUAAUUAUAUCCGAAACUUACGUGUCAAUUCCAGUGGCUCGUUGGCGUAGUUGGUAGAGCGGUGGGUCAGAGAAUGGAAGCACACGGAAGGUCGCGGGUUCCAAUCCUGGACGAUUCAUAUUUUUUUUAAUUUUUGGUUGUUUUAAAAAAAAUUUUUUGAAAGUGGUAGAUAAGAAAGUUAGUUUAAUAUUUAAAUGAAAUACAAAUAACCUGUUAAGUAUAUUUACUUCGUUGAAAUUAUAUAAUAGAAGAAUAACUUCUUACGUGCGUACAAAGUACACACACAUUCUUUUUUUUCUAGUUUGAAUAAAUCAACUGAUUGGGUGGUAAUAGUGUAACUAUUGACCAAAAUAACACAUCGAUCUUACUGUUCAGCAAUUAUGACGAAUACAAAUUUCUGUAAAAAUUAACAACUCGCCCUGUAUAUUAUUAAACAAUGGGAACAGACACUUUUUAAUGGUCAUUUGUUAUUCCCCAUAGAGGCCUGCAUACGAGGUAGGAGUAUGUACAGUUCCUCAUGACUCACCCUGUAUAUACGACGGAGAUGUAAGGUGGAGAACAUUAAGAACAGGGUAAGAAAUAUAAGAGUAGAAUGGAACGACCGACAUAAACCGAAUGACAACAAAUAUAGUAGUAAAGAAAAUUUCCCAAUAGGAAGAUGAUCAGUGGGAAUACCACGAAAGCGAUGGAACGACAACUUACUGGAGGCACAUUGAAAAACAGACAGAGUCAUGUUGUAUAAGUGAACACUAGUAAAACGAUAAACUCAAGUUGGGUCCAAUUUUAUAUUCACUAAGAAAUUGCUCAAUAUUUAUAGGUACCUACUGAGGCAAAUUGUCAAAAAGCAGGUCUUUUAUACAUGUAUUGCGUUGUUUUUUUUGUGAAAAACCUCUUUAUGUUUCUCGUACAACCGAUUGAAACCAAAGACUUGCUAUCAAAUGAUUGCUAGCAAAAAAAGUAGUACAGUAGGCGGUACUGCAGAUUAGCUCGAAGCUUCAUACUGUUUUCUAUCUUCGUUGGGAAUAAGCCACAAUUUUAGUUUGAAAUUGAGUUUAUUUACCGUCUCGAAACGUCAAAGUCUACGAUUAUGAACAAUUUGGCAUAUAGUCUGGGCUGAUUAUCGGAGAAUAGGCCAUUUUUGGGAAAAGUUAUUUACCAGCAAUUUUAUUGCUGGAAUCGAAUUAUAAGAUCCUAUAUAUUAAUAAUAUAGGUAUGCAAAGUCCUCAGAUAGUGUGCUACUUUUUUUAUAAACAAAAUGGCGCACGAAAAUCGUGUUUUUUUCAACUAUUGCUCUAUAACUCCGAAGAUUUUAACUUUACAACAAAAACACCCAAAUAAAAAUUCACCGUGAUUAAAUUCUGCAUAGAGACACGUUUUUCCCGAUCUGCUCCGACGAAAAUUUUCCUCGGAAAAUGCGGGUUUUCCCAACAAAAUCUUUAAUUUUCAAAUAAAGUUUUAGAUAAGUAAUUAUCUACCAAUAAUUAAAUAAUUUGGUGACUUAAAAGCCUUUUUGGUUUAGAUUAUAGUUCCAGAAGCUGAUGAAAACUAAACGAAUAUUUUAGCAACAAUUCAAUUGUUAAUCAAUAAUUUACGGUCGCAAUAAUAACCAAAAUAAUUAUGAUACACUGAUCAAGCUUUGAAAUCUUAUAAAGAUGAGGUGCCUAUUUAACAUUUGGUCGACAAAAAAUGAAUUUUUUAUUUUUUUGCAUAAUCUUUAAAUGUUUAAAAAAAUAGUUAUAAACAAAUUAACGUUUCUCAGAAAGUUUUUAUUAUAUUAUAAUUUUAAAAAAUAGCUAAAAUGCGUAUUUCAAAUAUCUUGAAAAUGAAUGCUUUAAAACUUUUUUGCAACCAUUUGUAAAAAAGGUAUGAAACAGCAAAAUAAACGUACGAUUACUACUGUGUUUAUAAUUUUUUUUAAUUCUUUCAAAGCGUAGAAGUGAGUUUAAAGUACAAGCUAAUUAUUUACAAAAAAAUAUCGAUUAUCAGUUUAAUGGUUAUAUUUUAAUUAAAGAUUAUAAAUAUAUUUUUUUUGUAAUUUACACGCACGAAAGUAGAGUAACACAGUACUGUAGCUAAAAUUUUCGCUCGGAGCGACGACCGGCCGCGUGAUGUACACUUUUAAUAAAUAAUGCAUGCUGCGUGUCAGUCGCUUCGAGUGAACAUUUUAGCUCCGACUCUGUAUAAGGCCUACGUUUGCGCUAAAAAUUACAAAAAAAAAGUAUUUUUAAUCUUUGAUUAAAAUAUAACCAUUGCACUAACUUUUGACAUUCUUUGUGAGUAAUUAGGUUGUACUAUAGACUCACUUUUAAGCUUUGAAACAAUUAGAACAAAUGUUAAACAACGGAGAAUUCGUAUAUUUACUUUGCUGUUUCAUAACUUUUUUGCAAAUGGUUGGAAAAAUUUUUAAAGCAUUCAUUUUCAAGACCUAUUAAAUACGCAUUUUAAGUAUUUUUUAAAAUUAGAAUAUAAUAAACAAUUUCUGAGAAAUGUUAAUUUGUUUAUAACAAUUUUUUUUAAACAUUUAAAGAUUAUGCAAAAAAUGAAAAAUUUAUAUUUUGUCGACAAAAUAUUCAAUAGGCAUCACACCUUUAUAAUCUUUCUAAGUUUGAUCAAUGUCUCAUGAUUAUUUUGGUUGUUAUUGCGACUGUAAAUUGUUAAUUAACAAUUGAAUUGUUGCUAAAAUAUUCGUUUCAUUUUCACCGGCUUCUGAAUUUAUAAUCUAUAACAAGAAAGCUUUUAUUUCACCAAGCUAUAUAAUUAUUGAUAAGUAAUUACUGGCCCAAAAAAUUUAUUUGAAAAUUCGAGAUUUUGUUGGGAAACCCCACAUUUUUCGAGGAAAAUUUUCGUCGGAGCAAAUCGGGAAAAACAUGCCUCUAUGCAGAAUUAAAUUGGGGUGAAUUUUUAUUUGAGUGUUUUUGGCGCAAAGUUAAAAUCUUCGGAGUUAGAGCAAUAAUUGAAAAAAUACGAUUUGUCGGCGCCAUUUUGUUUAUAAAAAAAGUAGCACACUAUCUGCGGACUUUGUAUACCUAUAUUAUUAAUGUAUAGGAUCUUAUAAUUCGAUUCCAGCAAUAAAAUUGCUGGUAAAUAACCUCUCUUUGUACUUUACUAAUUAGACCAGCGUAUUAUAACUAUUUUUUUUUCAAAAUUUAAAGAAUAUGCAAAAAAAAGAAGAAUUUAUAUUUUGUCGAUAAAAUAUUAAAUAAGCAUCUCAUCUUUAUAAGUUUGAUCAAUGUAUCAUGAUUAUUUUGGUUAUAAGUAUAUUAUAAGUUUGAUCAAUGUAUCAUGAUUAUUUUGGUUAUUAUUGCGAUCGUAAUUUGUUAAUUAACAAUUGAAUUGUUGCUAAAAUAUUCGUUUAAUUUUCACCGGCUUCUGGAAUUACAAUCUAUACCAAGAAAGCUUUGUUGUCACUAAGUUAUUUAAUUAUUGAUUAAUAAUUACUUACCUAAAACUUUAUUUGAAAAUUAGAGUUUUUGUUAGGAAAACCCGCAUUUUCCGAGGAAAAUUUUCGUCGGAGCAAAUCGUGAAAAACAUAGCUCUAUGUAGAAUUUAAUUGCGGUGAAUUUUUAUUAAGGUGUUUUUGUUGUAAAGUUAAAAUCUUCGGAGUUAUAGAGCAAUAAAUGAAAAAAAUACGAUUUGUCGGCGCCAUUUUGUUUAUAUAAAAAAAGUAGCACACUCUUUGCGGACUUUGCAUACCUAAAUUAUUAAUAUAUAGGAUCUUAUAAUUCGAUUCCAGCAAUAAAAUUGCUGGUAAUUAAGUUUUCCAUGAAUUUUGCUAAUUAGCCCAGAGUAAUAUAAAUAAUAAGUAAAUCCCACAUCCCAGCAGUAAAUUUAAAAACCAUUUGAAAAUACAAUUGUGCAAUUGGUGUACUGUUUACUGUAGAUGUUUAGGUAUAUGUCAGAUUGUCUUAAGGUAUAAUUCUGAACAUGACCAAGAUUUAUUUAAAAAUAGGUAGAUUGUGGUUGUUUUCUACCUUAUCAACAUUUGUACCGCUUGAAACUUACAGAUCAAAAUUGUACCUUACAGAAUUGUUGUAUAUGUAUGUAAAUUGGUAUUUUGAGUCAUCCUGCAACUUUUAUGUAUUGUUUUAGGGCCAACAACCCCUAGUAUAUGUUGAGAUAAGGGUAACUGCCCUUUUUAAAAUUUUAUUCUAAUUGUAAAGAAAAAUUGGAGCGUUUUUGCACUUUGUUGUAGGGGAAAAAUUCAUAAUGUUUAUCGGACGUAUUACCACAGUUUUUGAGUAUUUGAGACGGAAUAUUAGCAAUUUUAUGACGAAGUGUCUUUGUAAAAAUAUUUUAAAUGUAACAUUUAAUAAAACAAUACGCAGAAACAAUUGAUAGAUCCGAAAAUCUAAAACUUCUAUCGGUGGAACCAAAAUCAAAUUAUUUCACGUAUGUAAUUUGCUUAGUAAAAGAGAGCAGACCGCAGGCCUCUCUGAAGAUUCGAAAAGGGUGAAACUCACGUAAGAGGAUGGUGGUUGCCUCUGAAACAGAAUGAAAUAUUAACUGUCUUUCAUUUUUAGUAACAUUUAAUGUCUAGUAGGCUAGACAUGGCCAUGACAAAAUGACCAGGUACUGACCACGGAGAGGUGAAUGACCAAUUUUAGACAUACUGUAUGUUUUUGACGGUGCUGAAAACGAAAAUGAGAUUUAUUUUGAAUUUCAUUUGGGGGAACAUUGUCAAAAUUCCCAAUUUUACCCUAAAAAUAAAAUCAUGUUUUUUGCGUUUACCUCGCUACAACUCUGUUCCAUUUUAAUAUUUUUUUCUGAAAUUUUUAGAGUAAAUAGCUCUAACAUUUCUGAAGACAACGGUACCGGUUUCAAGCUUUAAUUCUUAUUCUGAUAAAGGUUAUGAAUUUUUCAAAGGAAAAGGUGCGGAUUUGUGCAUUGCAAAGUUUAAUUGCAAAAGUUGAGUGACGAAAUUUAAAAUUUAGCCUUUUAAUCACGUUUAUCUUAAAAUAGAGAGUACAAAGAAGUUUUCUGGAAAAUUUUGAGAUCAAAAUGUUUUAUAGAAAAUAAAAAUAGUGCAACUUUUAUUAUCGACAUUAGAAAUCAUUUAUCAGGAUAAGAAUAAAAGCUUGAAACAGGUACCGUUGUCUUCAGAAAUGUUAGAGCUAUAUACUGUAAAAAUUUCAGAAAAAAAUAUUAAAAUGGAACAGAGUUGUAGCGAGAUAAACGCAAAAAACGUGAUUUUAUUUUUUUUUAUUUUUGGGGUAAAAUUGCGAUUUUGACAGUAUUCUCCCACAUGAAAUUCAAAAUAAACCCCAUUUUCGUUGUCAGCACCAUCAAAAACAUACAGUAUGACUAAAAUUGGCCAUUCACCCCUCCGUGGUCAGUAUCUCGAGAAAUAAGCGUUUUUUUGGGGGUGUUCAUUUGGGGGAGGUUGAAUACAUUUUUCGUCAUUUUGCCUAUGUUCUAAUAUUAGUGUGCUAUCUUUUCUCGGGUGAAGAACUUAAUACACAUGGUGCUGGAGUUAAAUAGUGUAGAGCAGUGAUUCCCGACCGGGGGGCGAUUUGAGAUUUUCAGGGGGGCGAUAUGGGGGGCAAUAAGGUGGGCGAUUAGGAUCUGGGAAAAGAGAAAUGGGUAAUAGAGAAGAAAAAACAAUACUUUCGAUCGGAUAUCCAUAGGAUAAUAAAAAGUAAUUAAAUGUACACCAAUGCAGGUAAUAAUAACACAAACAUCUCGUCUAGUAACAGAGGGCUAUGAAUCAUGAUACAAUUUAAUUAUAUAGGUAAGUAAUACAUUAUAAUUAAUUCUGCAUUUUCCUUUUAUCGAGCUUUCGUAUUGGGCGAACAUCCGCACAAAAGAGAAAGGGAUAGAGUGGGAUAAGAAUGAUGAGAGUAGGUACCGACCCUGCCGAUCUGACUCCAACAAAAAGUGUACGGCCAAAAUUGUGGUCGUUUUGUCAUCUAUCUAUCUUUUGCCCUUCAUUUGUCCAAAGUUGAACGUAGGCCUCCCCCUUAUUUUUCCAAUCUUCUUCGUUCAGUGCUAAUCCUGUCCAUCUGGUCCCAGCGUAUCUUUUUGGAUCAUCCGACCAUCUCAUCUGUGGUCUGCCCUUUCCUCUUUUACGGUCCCAAGGUCUCUAGUGGAUUGUCGCUUCAUUCCAUCUUCCGUCUUUUUGUCUGUUGUUUUAUCAUGUUUUUAACUAGAGAGUAGCUGCAUGUUUGUUUAGAUCUUUCACUUUGGUUUUAUUUCUGAUCCAUGUAUUUUUAUUUUUGUCACUUAUCUUGAUACCCAGAAUCUUUCUUUCCAUUGCCGUUUGAGUAUUGGCCAUUCUUUCCAUAUUUUCUUUCGUGAAGGUCCAUGUCUAUGCUUCAUAUGUAAAUAUUGGUCUUGUCAUAGAUGAGGUAAAUAAAAUUAAAGCAAAACCAAAGAAUGAUGGAAUAUUUCGUACACUCUGACACUGUGUAAAGAAAAUGAUGAGAUAUUUAAUACAUUGCUACUACAGUACUACAUACGGAAGUCCGCUGGCUUUCGAAAGGGAAUUGCUCACGGCGGUUCUGCAGUCUCAUGGAUACUAUUAUCGAAUUUCUGAUAACUACUGACCCCACACUGAGUACAGCACUACAAAAGAAGCGAAAUGACAUCGCUUAACUAUCAGAUAUUUCUGAAAAAUUAAAUGGAACGAAUCUGGAAUUACAAAGGAAGAACAUAAAUAUGACCAAAGCGAAGGGAGUAGUCGGAGCAUUCAUUGACAAACUAUCUAUUUUUAAAGAAAAUAUACAGAGAGGAGGUCUGACCAAAUUCCCCAGAAAUCAUCGUGUGGUUAUUCUGAGGAUCUUCAAACAUAUUGCCUCCACCUUGGAGGGGAUGUGAGGUACAUAGCUAUUAACCAACAUUGAGCCAGACAUAAAGAAAUUAUGUGAGUAUCACCAGGCCCAAGGGAGAAAUUAACAAUUAUUACUAACCAUGUUCACCAACACGUGGACAAAAUGCAAGAGGCACAAGAUCGAAAUAGAGGGAAAAUUAUGAGAGAGAUCUAUGUCCAGCAGUGGACAAGCGAAGAUUGAAUGAUGACUUACCAUGUAUCAUUUUACGAAAUGUAAAAAUAAAUCAAUAUUGUACUGAAUAAUUUUUUGUUUCAAUUUAAUUGGGGAGGGGGGCGAUUAUAGUAUUCACAACCGGUGAAACCUGUCUAAGGGGGCGAUCAUGGGAAAAAGGUUGGGAACCACUGGUGUAGAGUGUAGAGGAUCAACCUCUAUGAUUCGGUUUUCGGAAAGUGGUUUUUCUAUUGAAUUUCCAUGUUUGGUUUUUAACAAUCAAGUUAAAACCAAUUUGGUUUUAGGAAUCAAGGAAUUCCCAAGGAAUCUUUCUUGUUGGAGCUUUUACCACGCUGAGCAGAUGAGUUGUGAAUUAUUUAAAAUUCUCUCAUCUUAAUUUCCUCGGCAUCCUGUAUGAUUUAUAAAUUUUGAAAAUCUCAGAAGGUGUAACCAAAGAAAGUAUUCCACCUGUUGUCAAUCUGGUGGUAUGGAGACGAUAUUUAUUGUCGUUUUCUGUGCUACUUCGAUUGAUAACUUACUUUGUUAUUCGGUAGAUGGCCCUAGUUCAUCCGUGGCAUUUCUUUCUUUGCAAUUCGGAAAGGCCCAAAGUGUGGUACGUGGAAGAAUCUGAGAGAAGAGGAUAUGGGACUACUGAUGAGGGGUAAACAACCCCCGAAACCGGUAUAGACUCUUCCUGCAAUCUCAUAUUUGACCAUAGUAUUAUGCAGCUGCUGCAUUUUCGUGUUGCAAAGAAAUUGAGAAUGUUUAUACAUUUUUAAUUAUUUUUCAAAUCAAAAUGUCAAUUUUAAAAAUAAAAAGGAUUUCCGAUGCCGGGAAUCGAACCCGAGCCUCCUGAGUGAAGGCCAGGUACCUAGAGCCACUAGACCAUAUUGGAUGUGAUGCAUGGAGAUAAAUAUUUGACAUACAAGUUCUAGGAUUUUUUUCCAUCUACUUUCAUAUUAUUUUUUCUUGCUUAAAAGUCCCGGAGUCGCGCCAGCUGACACACAUUUUCGUUAUCAAACAAGUAUUAACCACCAAAAUAAAUUCAUAGAAUCCGUGCUAAAAUCACCAUAAAAAUUUGACACUACCUCCCAGAGUAAUAUAAUGACCUAAUUAUCUAUUUAAUGUAAAAUUUUGGAAUCGCAAUAAGCUAUUAUAUCUUCGGUGGUUCACCAACUCUAUAAAAUAAUAUUUUUUACAGCAGGAAAAUAUUUUUGCAAAGACAAUAAUUAGAAGCUCAAUUUUUUCGAAUGUUUGAUUUGCGAAAACUGUGAAGUAUGUCUCCGUAAUGCCACCGUUACACGGUCAAUAUUAUUGAUGCAAUAUUUUUUCAAUGAUAGAAUUGUCUCAAUAUAUUCCUUACACGUUCAAUAUAUUGAUCAAUAUCGAUAUUGCUUCAAUAAUAUUGACCGUGUAAAGGUGGCUUGAGUGCAAACGCUAUUCUUUCUGUCCAAUUUUUCUCUAAAUACGUUUUUGAAAAACUGAACAUUCCUGCAGUGGCUUUAAGCGACUGCCUCUUAUAAAAUAAGAUCAAAUUUAUCGUGUGUUUUAUUUUUGUUAAUAUAUUGAAAGUUUUUAAUAAAAUCAUUUAUUUACUUUUA